AUGCAAACUGGAUUUAUCAUUAAAAUCAUCAAGGCAGGCUUUGUGAUAGAAAUCGAAGAUAAGAGAGUGUUCACUGAGCAACAAGUAAGGGACUUCUAUCGUCGGAUAGCACACCAGCCUGACUUUGAAGAUUUUGUCCUUUUUAUGACCAGUGGCCUAAGCCAUAUUCUAGUUAUAUCUCAAGGAAAUGAAGAGCAGCCUGCCCUGGGAGAAACUGAAUCUGAUCCUGAGACAGAAGCUAAAGAAAUAUAUGAGGAUCACCUUGCUAUGGUCACAACUCCAAUGAUAAGGAAGAAGCGGGACAGCUUACAAGAAUAUCUGGAAAGACAACAUAUAUCUCAGUUUUGUGAUGUUGAAGAAAAUAUAACUGAUGUUAACCACUUUAUUGAUAUGUUCUUCCCUGAUUUUAAAAAUAUGAAAAACCUCAAAUUAGAAAAGAUCCUGGCAUUACUUCGACCAGCUCUCUUUCAAGAAAAGAAAGAGGAUGUUUUGAAGAUUAUUGAAGAUGAAGGCUUUAAAAUACUGAUGCAAAGGCAAAUUGUAUUAUCAGAAGAGGAAGCACAAACACUGUGCAAGGAAUAUGAAAAUGAAGAUUAUUUUGGAAACCUUAUAGAAAAAAUGACCAGUGGUCCAUCUCUAGCCCUUGUUUUAGUAAGAGACCAUGGCUUACAACACUGGAAAGAGUUAAUUGGACCAGGUAGCAUUGAAAAAGCCAAAGAAUAUCUUCCAGAGAGUUUAUGUGUACGAUUUGCAAUGGAAGAUUUGCCCAUCAACCAGUUGUAUGGAAGUGAUUCAUUAGAAGCAGCUGAGAGGGAAAUACAGUAUUUCUUUCCUCCUCAAAGCACUUUAGCACUGCUUAAACCUCAUGUAACACAGGAACAAAGAGAGGAGAUCUUGAAACUUAUUAGAGAGGCUGGAUUUGAAAUAACACAGAUGAAGGAAAUGCUCCUAAAUGAAGAAGAAGCAGAAAAAAUUUAUUCAAAAAUAAAAGGAAAAGACUUUUAUCAAGAUGUAUUGGAAAUGUUAUCUGAGGGUCCAUCUUUGGUCAUGGUUCUGACCAAGUGGAAUGCUGUUUCAGACUGGAGACGAUUGAUUGGUCCUGUAGAACCAGAUGAGGCAAAACUACUGUCCCCAGACUCUAUCCGAGCCAAGUUUGGACGAAGUGUUUUGAAAAAUGCUGUCCACGGAUCAUCUAAUACCUAUGAAGCAAUGGAGAGCAUUACUAGAAUUUUUGAAGAAUUUGGUCCUGAGAAUACUGAGGGAAACGAAACCUUUGUUUUAGAGGAGGCUGGACCUGGACAGGUUGUGGCCCACAGGUACCCUCGCUGGUGCCUCGGCCUGUUGUCCCCACAGUGUAGACAUGGGGCUGGGGACCCGGGCUACCUGGAUGCUGAGAGUCACAUGGCUCGUGCUGUGCAGUUAGCUUCCCGAUACCUUGUCUCAGAUUCAAAUAGUUUAGAGAUGACAAUUACAGAAGUUGACAGAGACGUUUGUUGCUUGACGCCAACCACAGGGACCGUGACUAACCAGGUCUCCAGACAUCACAGUCUGAAACGCAUUGCGAGCCUUGCGCCAAGACCAGGCUGCCAUGGGCUAGUCCGCAUCCGUGACUGA